GAAUUUUAAGAGAUCCGCCAAUGAUAAAAUAUCAACAAUUGCUAAACCUGCUAAACGAGGCCAUAAAAAAAAAGAAAAUUUCGACCCCUCGACUAAUAUCAACUACUUGCAAGUUAAACCAAAUAAUGUCAAUAAACGAGAUUGUAAAAAAAAACAAGAAAUAGUUGCAUCAUCAUCUUCCCAAAUCAUUGACAAACUUUUAAACAAUGCUAAUAAUCUACAAAAUGACGAUGAAGAAGUAAUAAGCGUUGGUGAAUUAUCUCAAUCAGCAUUAACUUCUCCAAGGCAACUUUUGCCAGUCUUAGAAUCAAGAAUUUCACCAACUCAAAUUAUGUCUCAAAUAACUAUACCUUCAAGACAACUAUCUCCAGCUUUAGAGUUGAGAGUUGUAUCUCCAAGACAAUUAUCACCGACUUUAGGGUUAAGAGCUAACGCUCAAAAUAACUUUGUUCCUUCAAAUCAACUUCCAAUUAAUCUAAUACUUACAUCUUCAAGAAUGUUAUUAACUUCAGAUUCGAAUUUCUCCAACAAUACGCUUGCUGCAGAUGGUUCACAAUUUAUAUUUUCUAACUCUAUGACAUUAAUUACGGCACCAAAUCAAGAUGACAAAGCAAAAGCUAGUCAAGACUGUUUAGAAGAAUUGAAGUGUCUUUUUCUUUGUGUUCGAAAUCCUCCAAAAAAAGCAAUUGAGAAUUUAAUACGACAAGUUAUUAAAUGUGAUCUCAAUUCAACUGAGAGCAUUGAAUAG